AUGACUACUGGAAAAGAUGAUGUUGAUACCACCACCACUCAAAACAUGAUCUUCACUUCGCCAGUCAAUGUCGAUCUCGAAUCCUGCUCGGCUGAUCGAGUCACGGCUGCGUCCGCACCUGCCGAUGAAAAGAAGAUUUCCUCUAAUCAAAUCUAA